AUGUGUGUGUUACCAGAACAGAGUUGGUUGGAGAGGCUGGGAAAAUUCAGUCCGAGGCACAUCAGUGCAGAAUCUGCUAUGAUAAGGUUGUACAACGGCUGGACGAGAGCGGCCCCAUAUGAAUCUUUAAGGGUGGCAGAUAUCGGUGACGUUAACGUCAACCUCUUUGACCUGAAGGACACCUGCAAAAAAAUACAAGAGGCUUACCGCGAAAUUGUGGCCACUGGCUGCAUUCCACUUACACUGGGAGGUGAUCAUAUAAUUGCAUACCCAAUUCUACAAGCAGUUGCUGAGAGACAUGGACCAGUGGGCCUAAUACAUGUGGAUGCCCAUGCGGACACUAGUGGCAUGAUUCUGGGUGAGAAAAUUGGUCAUGGGACCCCUUUCAGGCGCUGUGUGGAUGAGGGGCUCCUGGACUGCAAAAGGGUCGUCCAGAUCGGGCUCAGAGGCUCGGGUUAUCCUCCAGAUGAUUAUGAGUGGAGUCGAGCACAGGGUUUCCGUGUAGUGGAAGCUGUGGAGUGCUGGCACAAAUCUCUUGUCCCACUCAUGGAGGAGGUUCGCUCACAGAUGGGAACCGGACCGGUCUAUCUCAGCUUUGACAUAGACAGUCUGGACCCUGCAUUUGCUCCAGGCACAGGAACACCUGAGAUUGCUGGCCUCACACCCAUUCAGGGUCUGGAAAUCAUUCGAGGUUGUCGAGGUCUUAAUCUUGUAGGCUGUGAUUUAGUUGAGGUCUCUCCACCUUAUGACACCACAGGAAACACUGCUUUGACUGGGGCUAACCUUAUUUUUGAGAUGAUGUGUGUCCUUCCGAAAGUCAAAUAUUAUUGAUUGCUUUAUUUUUCUACAUCAGUGGAACAUCUUAAAUAAUUGCACAGUGACUUUAAUACAUGAUUUAUGUACAAAAUCAGUAUUAAUAUUAUUUU